CUGUGGACUUAAAUUCACCACUGCUCUAAGCUGCUUGUAGUAGCUCUCUGAUGUGCUCAGGCAUGAGUCUCAGGCAGAAAUCACAGGCAUGAGGGACCUACAUCUGCUUAUACCACAACUUAAUGGUUUUGCAUGUAUGUAGGCAAGUAAGAAGCUCGUUCCUGGUCUUCUGAAAGAGAGUGAGUGUGCGAAUUAAGCAUUGAAACUUUUUGUCACAGGUUUUUGCUUAGACAGGAAAAUCCUUUGUCACCACCACUCUCUCCCUUGUGUUAUAAACGGCACAGCUUCUCCAGAAUGAGGAGCACCUGUAAAAUAAUGAGCACUGCUGUCCAUCAGUUCCUAGCAGCAGGUCAGGAGAGACGUGAGAUUGCUGCAUUUGGCUAAAAACUUUGCUGAGGAAAAGCCAGAGUGAGGGUAAAGUACAACAAAUAAAAAACCAAGGCAGCCAGCAAAGCACAAAAGGAAGCUGACUGAAGAGAAGAGAAAAGCAGAAUUGGAGUGGAAACCAGUGCAGUGAAAUCCUGCUGGAAAGGGUUGAGCUUGCAGUUCUGCACAUCAACACAAAGCAUGAACAAUUUGUUGGAUGGGCCAGGGCAUGGAUGUCAAAAUCAGGAGUUUGAGCCUGGAUUGUGAACUUGGGACUCUCUGAAGCUGAAGGAUGCAGUACUCUCAAGAGCACUUAAGCAUUUUUUGCAGCUGAGGCUCUGAAAUACUGGAGGACACUGCAUCUUCCUCAGGGACACGGACAAGGGGAAGCUGGAGCCUCUGGAGAGCUCAGAAAGGAAUUGUGGCUGGUGGUCGCCUGAGGAACUUACCUGCACGCCAAUGUUGCUCUGAAAGGAGUUGUGUCCAACACUCAAAUUUGGUAAGAUGCCUCAGGAACAGUACACGCACCGGAGCACCAUGCAGACCUCGGAAGGACCCCAGGUAUACAAAGUGGGGAUUUAUGGCUGGAGGAAGAGAUGCCUCUAUUUCUUUGUGCUGCUCCUAAUGAUUUUAAUCCUGGUGAACCUUGCUAUGACCAUCUGGAUUCUGAAGGUUAUGAACUUCACAAUUGAUGGAAUGGGGAACCUGAGAAUCACAGAAAAAGGUCUAAAACUUGAAGGAGAUUCAGAAUUCUUGAAACCUCUCUACGCCAAAGAAAUCCGGUCAAGACCAGGCAAUCCACUGUACUUCCAGUCUGCCAGAAAUGUGACAGUGAACAUCCUCAAUGAGAAGACUAAAGUCCUUACUCGCCUCGUAACAGGUCCCCAAGCAGUGGAAGCACACAGCCAAAAAUUUGAGGUGAAAACCCUCUCUGGAAAAUUGCUGUUUUCUGCAGAUGACAACGAAGUGGUGGUUGGAGCAGAGAGAUUGAGAGUUUUAGGAGCAGAAGGCACAGUGUUCCCUAAAUCUAUAGAAACUCCCAAUGUCAGGGCAGACCCCUUCAAGGAACUAAGGAGACUUCAAAAUAAGGUGACAGCGACUGUCGCUGUUGGAAGGAGAGGAGACCAACUGCUCCUGUCACCACUGGGAGUCAGACCAUCUGUAUGGCUUCCUUUCCCUUCCUCUUCUCCUCAACAGACAGGCUGAUUUCCCCUCAAGAUAGGCAGUAUGCUAUCAUGCCAGUCAGCUCUGUUCCUUUCCUUCUUUUUCUCCCAUCUCCCAAAGGCCUCCAGUCAUGCCCAUGUGUCACUAAGACUGACAUGCUCCAAGCAACAGCACACACAUUCUUAGCAGACUUUCUGUCCCUAUAGAGCUGAUAAAUAAUCUUCAGUUCCUAUAGCCUAAUUCGUUUAUUAGGAACUGCCUGCUCUAAAAGAUGCUUACUGUCCUGGAGAACAGAGAAGAUGUGGUCCUCUUUUGUGAGUGCCCUUCUCACAACACAUUUGUCUGCAAUGGUUUAGGUGGAGCAAAUUCAGGUAGCAAUAUGUGCAUAGCUUUUUCUUUACCUGCUAAACCCAUCACAAGGUUUGGUAUGGGGUACAGGUCUGGACUUUGCUGCUGGUUCUUCUUUAGAAGGUGCUUUCCUGUGCUGCAGGCAGACUCACAUGUCUUAAAACAGUCCUAUUCAGCACCAGUUGUUCUGGGAAUGCCAGAGCACAUAAAUGUCUUCAUUAGUGCAAGGUGUUAUUUAGUCUAGGCUCAAUGUGUCCUGUUUGGGAUUCAGAAUAUUCAUUAAUAAUCAUCAUCUAAUAACUAGAGGUGAUUGAAAAACUACUUUAUAUACUUUGUGAACAUUUCCAUGCUUUUGUUUAUGUAAAGUAAAGUUUUGGUAACUGUUCCCUUCUUCUCACUUCUAAACUGGUCAAAAACAGUAAAAAGGAAAUCAAACAAAUCCAAAUUAUUUUCAUAUUCUUGGAAUGUUUAACAUUGCCUAAAUGGUUUAGGGCAAGGGAGAGGCUUGGGAGAUUUGUUUGGACAUUGAACUAUUUGUACUUAUCUACACUGGCUAUUUUUAAUGCAGGUUGGUGUCUUUGACAUAUGGUAAUGUGUUUGCCUAUGUAUAAAAGUUGAAUUCAAAAUGA